AGGUCAGUUCAGCCCAUAUCUACUCCUUUUCCCAUUAGAGGAGCACCGCUGUUACCAUUCCUUGGCUAUCAUCCGUUAAGUAACCAACAUUCUUGUGUUCUGUAGUACUGUACGUGAGACUACAGUAGUACCUGCUUGAGAACAUACUCUUGACUCAAUGGAGAAGGACCUGUCGUCGUGGUUCCAUGUACAAGCGGCGGCGGUGCCGGAUCUGUCGCUGGCGUUGGCGCCGGCGGGCAGAAGCCACGACCGGGAUCUGGUCGAGGAGUUGGUUCCCAUGACGUGCGUGGACGGCAAGCCGGUGCGGCUGUUCCAGUGCCUCUUCUGCGACAAGACGUUCCUCAAGUCGCAGGCGCUGGGCGGCCACCAGAACGCGCACCGCAAGGACCGCUUCGCCGGUUUACUCUCCGACCCCUACCACAAGGACAGCCCAUUCGGAGGCGCCGCCGUCGCGGCGGCCUCCAACGGGCCGUCGGGCGACUUGGGCGUCUCCAUCGUCUCGCACGGCGGUGGUGGCGUGACCGCGGCCGAUGCCUGCAGGCCAGAAAGGAGGGGGUUGGGCGGCGGCGCUAGCCGGUUCGCGGAGCACGCGCCGCCCCAGGACCCGUACGCUGGACGCGACGGUGUGGUGGGCUGGCCAAGGGCUUCCGCCGCAAGCGGGGCCGGCGAGGCGUUGGACCUCGAGCUGCGACUGUAGCUAGCGUCGGCUAGCUGCUGCCAUAUCGCGCAGUGAUCUUUCAACUUGUGUACUAGCAAUCUUGACGGACAAAGCGUGCCCAGAUGCUGAAGAUGGUGGAGAGGGGGGGUAUCAGAUGCGCAACAGGCAAUGGAUGAACUUCUGGAAGGAUACUAUCUUCUAGCGGUUUCUGGAUUGUAAUAUGCACAUGUUUACCGCUUAUUCUUCACCUUCCUUGCUGCGUGUUUUGCUAUGACGAACUCCGUUUUUAC